AUGGAUGAGGCGAUGAGAAUAUCAAAUGAGACGAUGACAUUAUUCACCACUAGCUUGGAUAGAAUGCUGUUAGAGCCCGUACAGGAGACUGGAAAGAAAUACCCUGCAACAACGUUAACGACAGAGGGGCAGCCAUCCAACCAGAGCGUAGAACUCACCGACAAGCAGCAGGAUCCGGACUUACAGAGGAGAGUGAAGGACAUAAUCAAAGAACGGUCGGACAAAUGCAACAUUGACGACAUUAUUAAGAGGGUCGAAGAAUGCAUGAUGACCAAAGAGCGAUAUCGACACCACAUUCCAAGCGGCAGCGGUAGAAGAAAACGUCUGGAAACGUACAUAUCGGAGUGCUGCCGGCUAGCCUGGAGAAUGAACGUACAGACUCCCGCCAUGGCCAUUAGCAUAGAAACGGACGUACCGUUUGAUCCAGCUCUACACGAGCGCGCUUACGACUGUCAGUCAUUCGGGGACGCCGCUGAGGUGAUAGAUUAUUACGUUUGGCCCACACUGUUUGACGCAGAAAACCAUUUCCCUGUUAGGAAGAAAGGGAGGGUCCACACCAAAAGGAAAUAA